GCACGGCUGCAAUGUCGCAGUGCAUCAAGCUUGCUAUGGAAUUGUUCAAGUACCCACUGGACCUUGGUUUUGCAGGAAGUGUGAAUCUCAGGAAAGAGCAGCCAGAGUGAGAUGUGAAUUAUGCCCUCAUAAGGAUGGUGCUUUAAAGAGAACAGAUAAUGGGGGUUGGGCUCAUGUGGUUUGUGCUCUGUACAUUCCCGAGGUGCAGUUUGCAAAUGUUUCUACAAUGGAACCUAUCGUGUUGCAGUCUGUUCCUCAUGAUCGUUAUAAUAAGACAUGCUAUAUUUGUGAUGAACAAGGCAGAGAAAGUAAAGCAGCCACUGGUGCUUGUAUGACAUGUAAUAAACAUGGAUGUCGACAAGCUUUUCACGUAACGUGUGCACAGUUUGCAGGACUUCUCUGUGAAGAAGAAGGCAAUGGUGCAGAUAACGUCCAAUACUGUGGCUACUGUAAAUACCAUUUUAGUAAACUGAAAAAGAGCAAACGGGGAUCUAAUAGGUCAUAUGAUCAAAGUUUAAGUGAUUCUUCCUCUCACUCUCAGGAUAAACAUCAUGAGAAGGAGAAAAAA